AUGACGAGCCAAAGACACCGCAAACGCAAACGCAACCUCACAGAAUUACGAAGCCAUACAGAAGAGGUACAUAAGAGAGACUUUUCCAAUCAACCUCAGUGGCGUCGCUCAUAUUAUAAUGAAAAUAAAACUGAAAAAAUCGAACAGGACACAGCCUCAACAAAGGAUAGAUUGCAACGUCUUGGUUACACCACCGGCUAUGGAACGAUUCAGGGCUACCCAGGAAGUACAGGCCUGUCUGCGUAUAAUCCAAUUAAAUUAGAUCUUGGUGGCGUUGUACUGGGCACACUGGUUGGGAUUGGUGCUAUUAUAAUAAUACCCAAACUUUUAAGUGCAUUUCAUGGUGGUUACGCGGGAUACGGCAGAAGUGAAAACGACAAUGAUUUGUCUUCUGUUGGCAACAUGAUCAACAAAAUCGAUGAUAUUCUGGGCCAAAAUAAUAUCGAUUCGACGAGCUGUAUGCAACGCGCUGUCUGCAGUUAUGUGCGUACAACAGAACAAAACAUGAAGACGGGGGUCUCAGACCAAAUGGAUGAAUUCAUUCAUAUGUUGUCUGAAAAUUCUUUAGUUGACUACCUGUUGGAUGGUACUGCCAUCAAAGAAGCAUUGGAACAUGGAAAACAGGUUAACGGUAAAGUAUGCGAAGAAGUCUAUUCAUCGUGCCCACUUGAUAGUAAAACUGCAACGCAAGUCCUCAUGAAACUUCUACCGAAGAAAGCAGCAGAUAAAUCAGCUUCAUAAUAAAAAGCAAAUUCUCCAUAUAAACUCAUUAUGGAUUUACUAACGAAAGUAUUCAGAAUAAUACAAUUUUAAU